CUUUGACCUGACCGGUAAAAUGGAAAACAAAUAUAAUGUCUUGUCUAUUUUCCUAUUUAUGUGGAUAAUACAGGUCUUUCAAGCAACAGCAUCGAAACCAUGCGUGCCGAGAAAUUAUGGGAAAGGAUCAUAUGUUUGUGUUUGCAACUCCACCUAUUGUGACACAGUGGAACCAAAUAUCAAGGUCCAGAAAGGCUCUUAUUCAAUCUACGUCUCAAGCAAGGCAGGAGAUCGCUUCAAAAGAAAUUCUAACACUUUUAAAAGUUCACUCAAUAGCUCAGAUGAUGUCGUAUUUACCGUGUUUAAGAAUCACACAUUCCAACGUAUUCUGGGAUUCGGAGGAGCAUUUACUGAUGCAGCUGGGAUCAACAUUGCCAGUUUGAGUGCAGAUACUCAAACUAAUCUACUCAAGUCAUACUAUAGUCCAGAAGGAAUAGAAUAUAGUCUGGGGAGAGUCCCAAUGGCGUCAUGUGAUUUCUCAACAAGGCCAUAUUCUUAUGAUGAUUCACCAGGAGAUUUUGAUCUGAAGAAUUUCUCAUUGGCUAUGGAAGAUUUGAAAUAUAAGAUACCUUUCAUACAAAAAGCCAUGGCAAUGAGUAGAAGGAAUAUACCCAUAUUUGGUAGUCCAUGGAGUGCCCCUGCUUGGAUGAAGACCAAUCAAAACAUGACGGGAAAGGGAACUCUAAUUGGAAGUCCGGGUGGAAAAUACUACAAAACUUGGGCCAAUUAUUUCAUCAAGUUUAUGGCUGCUUACGAGUCACACAAUAUAUCAAUGUGGGGUUUAACAGCUCAAAAUGAGCCCACUGAUGGUAAUAUUGAUCGAUUUUCAUUCCAAGCUAUGGGCUGGUCAGCCGAGAGCCAGCGAGACUUUAUAGCAAGUGACCUUGGACCGGCACUUGCGAAUAGCAAAUACAACGACGUUAAGUUGAUGAUUAUGGAUGAUCAGAGACUUUUAUUGCCUCGUUGGGCUGAAAUAAUUCUUCAGUUCCCGGAAGCUGCAAAGUACGUGUCUGGGGUCGGAGUCCACUGGUAUACAGAUUUUAUUGUACCAAUUAUCGGAGUUGACAAGACACAUGAAUCAUUUCCGGAUAAAUUUAUUUUAUCAACAGAGGCAUGUGAAGGUUCAUUACCAUUCGAAAGCCGGAGCCCACAGUUAGGAAGCUGGGAUAGGGGAGAGAGUUAUGCUCAUUCAAUAAUAGAGGAUCUCAAUCAUUGGAUUGUUGGAUGGACCGACUGGAACAUCGCUCUAGAUUUACAGGGUGGACCAAAUUGGGUGAAAAACUUUGUAGACAGUCCAAUUAUUGUCAAUGCAGCCAAAGAUGAAUUUUACAAGCAGCCAAUGUAUUAUGUACUUGGCCAUUUUAGUAAAUUCCUCCCAAAUGGAUCCAAGAGAAUUGCAGUGAAGGGGAACAAAAGCACCAAGUUAGAGACGGUUGGUUUCAUGCUCGCUGAUUCUUCUAUAGUAAUGGUUGUCUCUAAUAGGGAAGAUGAUGCUAUUGGAUAUCAUAUAUAUGACCCUACUAUAGGAUAUAUAAACCUAGUGGCUGAGCCACAUUCCAUUCAGACAAUUAUCUGGUGGAGUUCGUAAACAAACAAGUGGUGACAUUUUGCAUGUAAAUGCCUUGUUUGUGGCUGUUGGCAUUCAGUUUGUGUA